GAGUCAUUAUGACAUUUUGUCGUGGAGGUGGCGCAUGUACAUAUAAUAGAUGUAAAUAUUCUUGUAUACACAUACAAAUUGUACUUAAGUGAGUCAGUUUCUUGUUUAAAAACUUUAUUUAUAUUGCGAGUGAAGUCUUUGAACGAUUGUUCACUAUCUUCGUGUACAUUUUUAAUUUUAGUGUCAUAAUAUUGUUAUAUACCAAGAAAAAAAACUCUCCGGAGUGUACAUCGGAAGUAGGUGUGUAUAAAUAUACGUUUAUGUGGUAUAUUUUACUAAUACCGUAGACUCGCGUACGCAUAAACUUUUGUCUCUUCGUUUCCAAUUGUGCUCCGAUCCUUACGUAUUUAUGUACAUAUAUUUACAAAAGAACAUUAUUCUGCGAAUCAUCGGUUAAAUACAUAUACCUAUAACGGGUUUUACCGUUUGAAUAUUCGCAAGCGUGCGCGUAUUUUUUUAAAGCAAAAGUGUCGCAUGUGUUUGAAAAAUUCGCACAGUGUUGUGUAUAGAACAAAGAUGAAAAAGCCACCGAUUUUUCUUUGCCUCGCCGUUUUCGCGAUCCUCGACCUUGUUUCCGGCGAUUACUAUUUGCCAGCCUUGAAGGAGAUUGUUAACAACAUCGAGUCUACAGCCGAAGACGACGCGGAGAAAAACAAUGUGCCUGGCAAGUACUGGAAGUGCAAUCCCGACGUGGAAAUGACAACACCGCAAUUGAUUAGAAAAGAAGGGUAUCCAGCGGAGGCGCACGUCGUACUGACCGACGACGGCUACUUGCUGACGAUGCACCGGAUACCAAAAGCCCCGGGCUCGCCGGCUGUUUUCCUUCAGCACGGCUUGCUCAGCAGCUCCUCCGAUUGGGUCAUCGCCGGCAGAGACAAGGGGCUCGCGUUUAUUCUGUCCGAUCUUGGCUACGAUGUCUGGUUGGGGAACGCACGCGGCAACACUUACUCCAGGAGCCAUGCAAAUUAUUCCACGUCCGACGUACGAUUUUGGGAUUUUAGUUGGCACGAGAUGGGCACCUUUGAUUUACCAGCGGCCAUAUCAUACAUCACGAAACUGACGCAAUUGGAAAAUGUCUCUUACAUCGGACACUCCAUGGGAACAACGAUGUUUUACGUCAUGGCCAUCGAGAAGCCGGAAGUUGCCUCGAAAAUCAAUGUGAUGCUCAGCUUGGCCCCGGUGGCUUUCGUGGGCCACAUGAAGAGCCCGAUAAGGCUACUCGUGCCGUUUAUACGCGAAGCCGAGUUUAUUUCUCACUAUCUGGGAAGGGGUGAAUUUUUGCCUGAAAACAAGAUAUUGAAAUUCCUCGCCAAAUACGGCUGUGAGCUUUACGUGACCGAGGAAAAAAUUUGCGCCAACAUGCUCUUUGUCAUAUCUGGAUUCGACGAGUCGGAAUUUAAUUUCAGCCUCAUGCCCCUGAUUAUGAACCACGCACCAGCCGGGGCAUCGACCAAGACUAUCCUUCAUUACGCCCAAGAAAUUAAAUCCAAGAGAUUCCAGAGGUACGAUUACGGCGACAGUGGCAACAUGAAAAGGUACAACAGUACAACGCCACCUGAUUACGACUUGUCGAAAAUCAAAGUGCCGAUCGCCGCGUUUUGGGCGGACAACGAUUGGCUGGCGAGUCCUAUAGAUGUAAAGAGACUCUGCGCCUACCUGCCGAAUAAAAUAAUCGAUUACAAAGUAAAUUAUCCGAAAUUCAAUCAUCUCGACUAUUUGUGGGCUAUCGAUGCACCGACGUUGGUCUACAAAGAAGUCCUGGCUGUUUUACAAAAAUACCGAUGACACGAUGGCGUUGGGAUCAUAACUUGGAAAAUAUUAUAUCUAAAAUAAAUCGUUAUUCAUAUAGUUAAAUAUUCAUCAAUGUGAAUCGUUACGAUACUAGUCGUGUAAUAAAAAAUUAAAUACGAGUGCUCACACGUUUUACACCUAAUUUCAUGAAUGUAUCAUUUUUAUAAUUGAAUUAUAAAUUAUUUUACAAGUGCAACGAAAUAAAAGCUUAAACAUUCAAACAUUCA